AUGAAUCUUCUGGCCCUAAUUUUCACUGUGGUAGUUGGUGCUGUCGCCAAGCCCCAAGGCUACCAUUUUAAUCCGCCUUCCGAAACAUCUUUACUAACACGAAGAUGCAGCAACGGACAGGUGUUACAUGUUGACGGUAGAUGCGUAACUCCAAGGAUCAACCGUCGUGUGUUCUUGUAUGAUGUACCAAGUACUCCCACGCCAACAGGUCCUCCACCUUUCAUCCCUGCACCAACAAUGGAGACCAACCUAUUGUUCAUCCGAACUCCCGAAGGAGGACAAGGGCCAGAUCCAAUCGUUGUACCUCCUCCCCAGCAGGAACACGUCGUGUACAUCCUCAAUAAACAGUCUGAAGAGGGUCAAAAGGUGAUCGAAGUUCCAGCACCGCCACCUUCCGAUCCCGAAGUGUACUUCGUCAACUACGCUGAGGGAGAGAAUCCAACUCUUCCAAGCGGCGUGGAUCUGCGGACUGCUUUGGAUGCGGCUUCGGCUGGCAGUGGUCAGGUGGUUGGUAGUUCAACAACGGUGCGGCUGGAGUAA